AUGAAGUACAUUGCCUUCCUUCUCGUCAGCUAUUUCUGUGUCUUAUCGUCGGCCAUUGGUGCAUCCAAUUCUAUGGCAGAGUCCAGCAUUUCGACUUCCCCCAUAUCUUUCAACGGGGACAAAGUCGGACAUGAACUGUUCUUGCGUCGCCGGUACUUGGAAGAAGUACAGCUACCAGAGGAAGAAGAGGGAAAGGAAUCACAAGAAGGACAACCACAACUUGAUGGGUCCAAUAGACUGGCCUUUUCCGAAACCUCAUCUGGUCGAUUGGUCUUGAUCGCUUCUGGGUCAUUGUUUGGUGUCAUCCUCGUUUACUUCUUCCUGCACGAUUAUCUUCGUAAGGCUUGUUGCUCAACAACAGUCAUCAGGAGUACUAUCGAUGAAGGCGAUGAGGAGAAAGACAUCCAAGAGCCGAAAAGGGAUAUGACCACAAGAACAGGAUCUGCCACUGUUGACGAUUUGUCCAAAUCAGAUGACAACAGUACAGACGAUUCUUGCGAUUCGCCUUCGGUGAAGUAA